UAUACAGCAGAUUGGCAGAGGUUUUUAAAUGUCGAUGAUAGGGUGGACCUCGAUCAUUUCACGGCUCUUCUUUUCUAUUGGGAUACCGAGUCAGCACAGAAUAAAUCUAGGAAGGGCUCGAUGAAUCGACAUAGCAAGCGCAAGCUUGACCACCACUUCGGAUCGACGUCGUUUGCCAAUCUUGAGUAUGGUUAUUGUCGAGGCAUGGGGAAGCUGAUAAUGCCUGUCAAUUUGAAGGCAAAGUUAGCUUACGGCACAUUUCGCUCGACUUAUAAAUAUGAAGUCAAGAUUAAGGAAAACAUGGUGUCGGUGGAUAGUAUUGAUGUUGCGUCAAAGGAGGCAGCACUACGUGCUACUCAAGAAGCUGCUGAUGAUCCUCAUAUCUUGUCUAGAGAGGAAAAUGACGCCAUUGCUAUGAAUGUUAUGGGGUAUAAUAAUAGGGGCAUAUUUCCAUUGAUGGGGGUUGGAGCUAUGCGGGGCACCUCCAGAAUAUUAUCCACGGCGUCGUCACCAACCUCGACUGCGACAGGAUCCUCAACAAGGAUUCCUACCACUUCUGCAAUUUUACGUGUCUCAUGUUAUCUGCGUGGUAAGAUCGACCCUGCAUUACUAAUGCAACUGACGAAGGUUAUGUUUUCAGAUUUGCCAGCAGCCCCCACUAGCGAUGAAGUUUUUACGCACAUCGUAUUAUGUUUGUCCGAUUAGAUUCCAGCUGAAUUAUUUGGAGAAGUUUUGGCCCUUAUAGAUUUAGACACUGGUGCAUAGGAUGGACUUGCUGGAGGAAGCGGUAGUGGCGUGCAGAGGAGGGAUAUUGACGACGACAAUGACUCUUGAUUUUCUGUGGUUGGAUGACUCUCUUCGUGUUGAUAUCAUCUGCUAUAUCGACAAUGAUCUCCUGUGUGUUUAUUAUGUAUUGGAUGGAUAAUUUUAUAUGUAAGAGAGAGAGAGUCAAAAUAUGUAUAAAAAAACAUGUGUUUGAUGCUUUUAUACUGUGAAUUGGUAUGUGUAGAUGACUAUAAGUUGUUUUGCGGAUACUUUAUUCGUUUGUGUACAUUGGUUGGGUUGUAUAGGACUAAUUUCUCAAAUAUGGUAUGUGAUUUGAACUGAUAUUUGGAUUUU